AUGGAGUCGAGGUGCUUGGUGUGCCUCCCGUUGUGUUUUGCGUCAGGUGAAUCGACCAGGCGGUAUUCAUUCAUGAUCCAGCUGGUCUUGACGCCCUUGGGAGGCCUCCCCUUGUAGAAGACGAGGGCCUUCUUCACCCCAAUGUUCUCCUUCUGCGGGCCCGACGUCAGUAUCACUUUGUCGGUGCCCGUGGCCUUCCAGUAGCCGGAGGCCGCUGCCCGGUUCGGGCGCAUCCCGUUGGGGUACUUGCGGUCCCUCGGGCUGAAGAAGUACCACUCCCUGUCUCCGAACAUCGCCUUAGCUGCAACCAAAAAUAUCGACACCGCCCGCGGCGUUGGUCGUUCAGAGAGCACGUAAAGGAAGAGAGGAAACAAGAAGAUGGCCGUCCGCGGGCGCAGGUCGAUGCCCUCUCACCAGGUAGAUCCCACGGAUUGAACUUGUAGAUGUCGACUUCAGCGAUGAUGGAAACCGGGCACGGCAGCGAGAUAACCUGGUUCCUCAGGUAGUAGAGGAUGAGCUCCUCGUCAGUCGGGUGGAAUCGGAAGCCUGGCGGCAGCUGCGCCUCCGGGUUCGUCAUUCCUCUCUCUUUCUCUCUCUCUCUCUCUCUGUAAUUAUCACUAGCAGAAAUACUUUUGAUACGAAGGUCGUAUGACGGGGGAGGGAAAAAAUGGAGCGACGGCAAGACGGAAGGGAGCGCGGCGGAAUCAAAACUUCUGGUAGAGGCGGCGGUCGUCUUGGUUAUAUGGCCGCUGAUUUUUGUCCCUAAGCGAAGGUAGUUCUGGAUAGAGGCAGGACGGGCGGUAUCCUCUCGACCAAGCUCUCUGGUCGUAAGUGCCCGCCACGAACGGGAUGGGGACAAUUGAUCAGCUUAACGACAUGACAUCAGAUGGGUGACGUCUUGCACUCAGUUACUGACACGUGUCGUCGGCUGCUCUCAAGGUUCUGAUUCCUCUCAAAUUAGCACGGAAAGGCGCCCACUCGAGUCUUCUUCAGCGCUUUGACCCGAUUUUCCUCCGAUUACCCGUGCCGGGCUGGCAGGUGCGACUUGGACUCGAUUUCUUCUAACCCUGUGACGCGGUCUGAUUACUACGGUGAAAUAAGUCGAUGGCGGGGGUGUGCGCGCCUCAAUCAGGAGAUGAUGCUCUCUCUGUGUGGUGAGGAUAAUCGAUCAGAUGGCGGAUCUCGAAUGGACCCCGAUAUCUCUCCCUCUCUCUCUCUCGCUUCGCGGUAUCACCGCAGAAUAUUCCGAUUGUGCUGUGGGAUAAAACGGCGGUGGAAAUAUUGACAGAUGGUCAAAGUUGGACUUUGCGGCCGGUCUCAGGGAACACGUGGUUGUCAUAGGUUGUCGCGUGUCUGACGUGUGCGACGAGGUCUCAUUUCCUCUGCCAAAUCAGUGAAGGGUGGGCGGGGGAGGGGGGAGGGGGGAGGAGAGGAUAGUGUAGAGAAUAGAAGAGGGAGGGAGAAAGAAGGAGAGAGGGAGGGAGGGAGGGAGAGAGAGAGAGAGAGAGAGAGAGAGAGAGAGAGAGAGAGAGAGAGAGAGAGAGAGAGAGAGAGAGAGAGAGAGAGCUGGACUGCGGUUACUUGAGCAUGAGACACGCUGGGAAAACCUUGGGGGGCGUGGGGGGUGGGCACCGACGAGUAAUAGGUCCAUAGCGGAUGUCAGCCGUCGUGGGGGUUCCCCACCUGGUGAAGUGCUAUCAAUUCCUUAA